AGAAUAAAAUCCACCAGUUCGCUCGUACACAAAAUCACACGACUACAGUGUGUGCGUGCGUGCGAGGCAUCCCGUCCUUCAGUGUGUGAGCGUGCGCGCGCGCGCCUGUGUGAGCGCUCCCCUCCCUUCAAUGCGUGUGCGUGUGCGCGCGUGCGGCUCAGAAUCGCGUGCGAAGAGCCCGGCGUGUCAUUCUGUGGAAUCUGCCACCUGAAACACUCAGCAUAUAAAACACACAGAUACACACUGACCCACACAGAUACACACUGACACACACUGAGAGUGAAUAUUCAUCUGCAUCUACUGCGCUUCAUCAACACACAACAGGUACUUUCAUUCAUGCAUCAGCUGCAGCACAAUCAACUUUCUUUCAUCUUUUACUGCUUUAUUUCAAUUUAAAUAUGAUUCCACCUGGAGAUUGUUUGUAUGCUGGGAGGAAGCGGAGGAAACCCAUCCAAAAACAGAGAAAAUCUGCAGCGGUGACUGAAAAAUCAAAUCCAUCAAAACGUCACCGUGACCGACUAAACGCAGAGCUGGACCGCCUGGCGAGCUUGUUGCCCUUCUCGCCUGAGAUCAUCUCAAAACUGGACAAACUGUCUGUUCUCCGUUUGAGCGUUAGUUAUCUACGAGUCAAGAGUUUCUUCACCGCUACAGCUGCUCAGGAAAACCUUCAGCAGAAAGAAAAUAACACAACAACGGCCACAUGCGCCCCUGAGAACCAACUACUGUUAGAGUCUUUAGCAGGUUUUGCAUUGGUCGUGAGCAGUGAUGGGAUGGUCUUCUACGCAUCCUCUACCAUAGUCGAUUACCUCGGUUUUCAUCAGACAGAUGUGAUGCAUCAGAACGUGUUUGAUUACAUCCACGUAGACGAUAGACAGGAGUUCAGACGACAGCUCCAUUGGGCCAUGAACCCCUCACCACAAACGCCUGAUCAGACUUCAUCCCCCGGGACGGGUGAGGAUUUUGUGGUCAGCAGAUUGUUUCUCUCUGAGGAGAGCGCUGCCAUUUCUCCUGAGUUCUCCUGCUUCUUAAAUCGUUGUUUUAUCUUAAGGGUUCGCUGUUUACUGGACAGCACAUCUGGAUUUCUAACGAUGCAGUUUCAGGGACGACUGAAGUUUCUUUACGGUCAGAGGAGAAAGAUGUCGUCAGGAGCCGGUCUGCCGCCUCAGUUAGCUCUGUUCUGCAUCGCUGUUCCUCUGCUUCUGCCCUCCAUCACGGAGAUGAGGAUGAAGAACACACCCAUGAUGAAGGGCAAACACAGGAACUUCACGUCAUUAGAUCACAAUGACCUAUGUGAUAAUCUUAGACGUCAUUCAGUACUGAGCAAUGGAACGGAGCCGAUCGAUCCAGUACGGCCACAUGUGCCCUGGACGCCCCUUUCCAAAGACGACAUCAAGUACAAGAGUGAAGGUCCCUACAGUCAGGAAGAGCCCUUGAACUUCUGCAAGUCAGCAAUGAGCAACCAGAAAUUUACAAACCUGGACAGCACGUGGCCCUCGAGGGGCUCCUCCGGCGGUGUCCGGACCGGUUACGGGUGCAACCUGCAGCCCGGAGCCCGGGCGAGCAAACACGGACACUGCGGAAAACCGUUUCGAUCGUCUCCUGGAUAUUACAGUAACAGAGCCGAUGCGUUCGUACCGAAGAUGUACGGCAGCGUCUCACAGCACGGCGAGGCAGACGGCUACGGCGCGGAUGCCGUCAAGAGCGAGAACUUCUGUUACGAAGGUCACGGGGAAGGCUACGACCCACACGCCAUGGCUGAGCUGCCCAUAAAGGUCGAACAGGACUCCGACUCGGAGAACGGCUGCGUUAUCUAUGGACGCUCGUGGGCAGAUCGCGAGCGCUAUGUGAACGGUUACGACGGCACGCAGUUGAAAGCGGAGAGCGGAUACUCUGAGCAGUAUUCACCUUGUCAAAAGUCCAAGGUCAGUCAAGGCCACGCGUACGGCAGCCACUUUCAGAACGCUUAUGACGAAACGGCUCGACCUCUCAGGUGCGUCCUGAACAAAGAAGCACCAAAUAUGAACCCUCCGGAUUCGCUCUGCAGCAGUAUGGACACUUACGCGGACUAUAAAGGAUACGUGCAGCACCAGUACAAAACAGCCUACGAGUUUAAAGGGCUUCAUUGCAUUAAACAAGAGCCCAUGGAUUCUCCAACCUGGCAUGACAGCGCUGUACACGUUCAGACAAACUGUGUGAUGAACAAUGGCCAGCAGAAGAUCCAUCCUUAUGUCUUCAUGCAGUGAUGUGUCACUAUCUAAAGAAGAAUCAGGAGAGGCUUUUUUAUUCUUAAAAACUCAUUGAAAUAGUUUGUGUACCACAAGAAUGUCUUUGAAAUGUUACCAAGUUCUCUGCGUUGUGGUUUCGUAGUUAAGAUUUUGGCCAGGUCAGGUGGUUUAAUCUUUGUAGGUGUUUCAGUGUUCAUGGGACAAUUACAACACAUGAACCGAUUAAAACAAGACCGAUAUGAAUGAAUUCUAAACGUGGUUUCACGUGGUUUAAGAUUUCAAGCUCAUCUAAAAGACAAAGAUGAACAUUUACGGUAUGUCAAAGACAUGAAGAUGCGUUUGAAGAAUUCAGAUUUGCUGACAAUCUGUGCUGGACCCAUUUUAACAAAACUUUUAAGUUCAGCUUUAUGUUUAUUGUAUUCAGUAUUUAAGGGUGAAAAACUGAAGGAUUUCCCAGGUGAAAAAGUAGUACACUUCCAUAGUGUACUUAAAUUGCUUUAUUUUCACACACAAAUUUGGUACUUUAUACACUAAAAAUUCAUCUUUAGUACUUAUUAAGAUCAUCUAAGUGUACUUCACUGAGACACCAUAAAUAUGAACUCAAAUGUGCUAAAAAUGUAUUUAACCCAGGAGAAUUCAAAAACCCAUUUCUUCUAAUGAACAAAUUUGACCCAAUGGGUUCUCCAGGGUUAAAAAAAUUAUUUAGGUAGCACUUGUAGUAAAUUUGAACCCUUUUUUGUAUGAAAGUUGAGUUCAAGUUAAGUGUUAACUAAAUACAUUUUUUAAUGCAGAGAUAGUAUGUUAAAAGUGCAUUUUAGUUCAUAUUCACAGUGUCUCAAAAAUAGCACAAAUAAGUUCACUUAGAUAAUCUUAAGAAGUACUAAAGAUGAAGUUUUAGUAUAUUAAGAACAAAAUUAGUGUGUGAAAAUAAAGCACUUUAAGUACACUAUGGAAGUGUAUUACUUUUUUACCUGGGUUAUGAUGAAAAGAUGUUUUGGGUCAGAGUUUAAUUGACUAUAAAUAAACGUUCUCCUUUCAUCAUAAUAGAGCAUUAUAAGAGUAGAAACUGAGGACCACAAUACCAGAGGAACAAAAGCUCCUGUAGCUUGAUUGGCAGAGCUUUGUGUUAGCAACACAAGCAAAGGUCAAAGGUUAGAUUACAGCAAAAAAAUAAAAACAAUAUAUAUAUAUAUAUAUAUAUAUAUAUAUAUAUAUAUA